UUUCCGUAGUAAAGAAAGUCACACUAACGUGAUGUUCUGCCUCUUCAGAUUCAUGGAAAUGUAAAUUCGUCAUUUUUUAAAGUAUAUUUGACCCUUUGAGUUUUCCUGUGAGCAGGUCUGAAUACAAUUAGACCCGUUAUCAAGAAAAACGCGCGACUUUGGAGCUGUUACGUCCCUCUGCGGCUGCCGUAGACAUCAACAACCAACAUGGUGCUGGAAAAGAAAGCUUCCGCUCGGGUCGAGGCGGGUCAGCGCAGAGUUUUGGAUGAAGCCACCAGACAGAGGAGGCUGAGCAGACAGCUGGAGGCUCUGGAGAAAGACAACUUCCAGGACGACCCUCUGUCCUCCCUCCCUCCCCCAGGUCCUACUGCCCGCCUGCCUGCCUUCAGUGAGACAGAAGAACCCGAGAAGAAGAAGAGGAAGACGAGGGGCGAUCACUUCAAGCAGCGUUUCAGGAAGAACUUCACGACGCUGCUGGAGGAGGAGAACCUGUCGGAGAAGCCGGAGCCUAACUACCUGUCUGCGGCGGCUCCGCCCUCCUCGCUGCCCCCCCGACACUUCUGCUGCGUCUGCGGUUUCCCUUCACACUACACCUGCACCACCUGCGGGGGGCGUUACUGCAGCAGCAAGUGUCUGUGCACACACAGAGAGACCAGGUGUUUGAAGUGGACGCUGUAACUGUCACCAUGGUGACGGUGAUGAUGACGACGAUGAUGAUGAUGGGAUGAAGAAGCUGUGGAUGUGUGUCACAUGUUGUUGUUUUGUAAAUAAUGAAAAACUGUUUAUUUUAUUGAUGUUUUAUUAAAGAAGCUGAUAGUGAAA